AUGCAAAGAACAAAUUUUAACGUUUUUUCAGAAGAAUUCUACGAUAGACAAAAUGUAUUAUCUGCGUUAAAUAACUUAUUAAUAUGCUCUCUCAUUGUUGGUUCGUGUUUCGUCAAACUUCCUCAAUUAAAAAAAAUUAUUUCAAACAAAAACGCAGCUGGUCUUUCAAUUAUAUCAUUCUAUUUAGAGAUAAUAGUAUCCACUUCUUUAAUAGCCUUUUCCAUAAAAAAAAAAAUAAACUAUAAAUUGUACCUUGACAUUAUUUUGAUAAACGUGCAGAAUCUUUUAAUAGUCUACUUUAUGUGGAAGUACAACAAUAAAUAUUCAAAAUAUAAGAAAGCAUUCAAAAUUUCAUUUUAUGUGCUUUUUAAUUUGUACUUGCUUUUCGCCUUGCCUGACGUAUUGGUCCCUCUUCUUGGAAUUACCUCUGCUCCAUUAAGGUGCCUUUCAAAAAUACCCCAAAUUUACCUAAAUCACAAAAAUAAAAAUACAAGGAACUUAUCAUUUACAUCUUGUGUUUUAGUCUUUUGUGGAAAUCUUGCGAAAAUAUUUACUAUCCUUUUUAACAUAGAUAAUAUAAUUUAUAUAGUAUGCAACCAUAAGACGAAAUUAGACAAAUAA